GAUUGUUAAAUGAUGACUGUGGUGUAAAGUAAACUGAACUACUUGCUGCUGUCUGAUGAUAAAACAAAUCUAAAGUAUCAAGAAAUAUUUCUAAAAUGUCCCAAAAUGAAAAAUUGUUUUCUAAUUUCAGAAAAAAAAAUACUUAUGGUAAGAAUGGAGUGGCAGCCUGCCCCAGACGGGCUGGCACAAAUCCUUCAAUUACUCAAGGCGUCCCACAGUCCUGACACCGAAACACAGAGAGAUGUCCAACAGAAGCUAGAACAACUAAAUCAGUUUCCUGAUUUCAACAAUUAUCUAAUCUAUGUUCUGACUAAACUAACCUCGGAGGAUGACGCAACCAGAUCUCUAUCUGGUUUAAUCCUGAAAAACAACGUGAAGGCGCACAUGAACAACCUGCCCCCGGAGGUGAUCAGCUUCAUCAAGUCCGAGUGUUUACUUGCGGUAGGGGACCCCAGUCCCCUUAUCAGAGCCACCAUAGGGAUCCUUAUCACGACAAUAGCAACCAGAGGAGAACUGUGUAACUGGCCUGAACUUUUACCCAGCCUCUGUAAUAUGUUGGAUACACCCAACCAACUUGUCAUUGAGGGUGCGUUUGGAGCACUGAAGAAGAUUUGUGAAGAUCUAGCAGAGGUUUUGGAUAGUGACGACCAGAACAGACCUCUUAACUUCAUGAUACCUAAGUUUUUGACAUUUUUCCGGCACGAUUCCUCAACUAUCCGGUCCCAUGCUAUAGCCUGUACAAACCAGUUCAUCAUUAGUAGAUCUCAGGCGUUGAUGGCGCAUAUAGACGAGUUCAUCCAAAACCUUUUCUACAGAGCUACGGAUGAUGAUCCAGAGGUUAGAAAGAAUGUAUGCCGAGCUAUUGUAAUGCUGCUCGAGGUUCGAAUAGAUAGACUUGUUCCUCAAAUGAACAAUAUCAUCGAUUACAUGUUACUUCGAACUCAGGAUGGAGAUGAGGGAGUUUCGCUGGAAGCUUGUGAGUUCUGGUUGUCACUUGCAGAGCAACCAAUAUGUAGAGAGGUCCUACAACCCCAUUUACCAAGGUUGGUGCCUGUACUAGUAAGGAGUAUGAAGUACAGUGAACUGGAUAUUAUACUUCUCAAGGGAGAUGUAGAGGAGGACGAGAUGAUACCAGAUCGUGAGGAGGAUAUUCGUCCCAGAUUUCAUAGAUCCAGAUCUCAUCACGCAAACCAGGACCAGGACGACGAGGACGAGGACGGGAUGGACGACGAUAGUUCUUUAUCCGAUUGGAAUCUGCGCAAGUGUUCAGCUGCAGCACUGGAUGUUCUAGCAAAUGUGUUUAUGAAUGAAUUACUCCCAGUUCUACUCCCAAUACUAAAGGAAACCCUGUUUCAUCCAGAGUGGGAAGUGAAGGAGAGUGGUAUACUAGCACUUGGAGCUAUAGCUGAAGGAUGUAUGGGAGGAAUGGUGGAAUUUCUCAGUGAGUUGGUACCUUACCUGGUCAACUGUUUAUCUGAUAAGAAGGCGCUGGUUAGAUCCAUCACAUGCUGGACACUUUCAAGGUAUUCCCACUGGGUGGUUCAACAACCUCAUGAGCAGUUCUUAAAGCCCUUGAUGAGUGAACUGUUGAAGAGGAUCCUGGACAGCAACAAGAGGGUGCAGGAGGCCGCCUGCUCGGCCUUUGCUACCUUGGAGGAGGAGGCUUGUACGGAGCUUGUUCCAUAUCUCGGGUUCAUCCUGGAAACUCUAGUGUUUGCAUUCAACAAGUACCAACAUAAGAACCUUCUUAUCCUCUACGAUGCUAUAGGUACACUGGCGGAUAGUGUUGGAGUACACUUGAAUAAACCUGAGUACAUCAACCUGAUAAUGCCUCCUCUCAUUCAAAAGUGGAAUGUUUUAAAGUGUUGCUACUGCUCUUCAAGAAGGUUUCCUACCCUACUGUGAACCUGUCUUUAAACGUUGUGUAUCUCUUGUAGAGCAAACACUCAACCAACAUAUGGCGCAUCUACAGAAUAGUCAACAGUUUGAUCUACCAGAUAAGGAUUUUAUGAUUGUAGCCCUUGAUCUGCUAUCAGGAUUGGCUGAGGGGUUGAAGACUCAUAUUGAAGGAUUAGUGUCUUCCUCUAACAUAAUGCAGCUUCUAUUCCAGUGCAUACAGGACAAUAUGCCUGAAGUGAGACAAUCUAGCUUUGCUCUGCUCGGAGAUCUUACAAAGGCAUGUUUUGUUCAUGUUCAUCCUUGUAUCACAGAGUUUAUGCCAGUUCUAUCCAAUAAUCUGAACCCGGAAUAUAUCAGUGUGUGCAACAAUGCUACGUGGGCAGCAGGAGAGAUCAGUGUUAAACUAGGUGGAGACAUGGCACCCUUUGUCCCCAGUAUUUUGCCUCCUCUGAUCAACAUCAUCAACCGACCUAACACUCCUAAAACUCUUCUAGAGAAUACAGCUAUCACUAUAGGCCGGAUGGGUUUGGUUUGUCCCGGAAUAGUGGCUCCCAGCCUGGCACAGUUUGUUAGACCCUGGUGCACCAGUCUCAGGAAUAUCAGAGAUAAUGCUGAAAAGGAUUCGGCUUUCCGUGGGAUGUGUCAGAUGAUCAGUGUAAACCCUGAGGGAGUUCUACCUGACUUCAUAUUCUUCUGUGACGCAGUAGCUAGUUGGGUCAGUCCUCAGGCUGAUCUCAAGGAUAUGUUUACGAAGAUCCUACAUGGGUUCAAAAACCAGGUUGGGGAGAAAGCUUGGUUAGAUUUCUCCCAGCAGUUCCCUGCACCUCUCAAAGAGAGGCUUCUAACCAACUACAAUGUUUAACAGGUGUGUCGGUGUAUCGAUGUAUCGAGAGUUCGUCACAAGAAUCCUGCGUCAGGGUUCAAACAGUUACGGAGUUAGCGUAUAUAUUAUUAACGAGGUUACGGGUUGUAUCGCCUAGAGGAGGAUCCACGGAGUUCAGUACACGAGUAUUCAAUCUUGAAACAUUUAUAGUUUAUUCUUGACAGACCGCAGGUUUAUGUAAACAAAUUAUUGACAAUGCUACAAAUAUUUAUGUAAAUUAUCCAAUUUCUUUUUUUUUGCUGUGUAGGUUUAUUCCUAAACCCGGGGCAACCCUCCUUAUAUCCGCAGGUUUAUUGCGUCGUUAAACGCGUUCAAUGCGUUCUAGUGUCAUUCGUUAAAAGUGUAUAAUCUUAUGGUAACGAGCUAAUAACCCGUUGUUAAAAUUAUCGUUUUCAUUAUACAGUUCUCUUCUACUUCACUGUACCGUUUUAACACUUAUGUACUGUACACUAGG